AUGGCAUUUUUGAACGCAAAUAAAAAAGCCGAAAAUAAUUACGCAUUAUUAACCUCAUUUGAGUAUGAAUCAUCUUCAAAUGAAGAAGUCAGGAUUACAACAGUAUUAUUAGUUGCAAUUGAUACAAUGGGGAUUGGUGAUAGAAGGUUAACCCCUCAAGAAAUAUUAUAUAACUUUGCAGAAACUGUCUGUGAUAUUAAAGGCGGAUUUAACCAAAUUUUAUUUGUCACCGAUGGAAGAUUUAGGGAAGAGGAAAUUGAAGCUUAUUAUUUGUUACAAACAGUUAUUUUUGGUCGAGAUAUUGUUAAUUUUACAACUAUAGUUAGAACUAAAUUUCCAGAUUUUGAAGAUGAUACUGAGUGUGAACAAGAUCGUUUAGAUAUGAUUAAGGAAAAUGACAAACUUUCUACAAUAAUUAAAGAAUGUAAAAAGGUUAUUCAUGUAGAUAAUCCACCAAUAACACAUCGUACUAAGGAAGGUGCAGAAGAAACUCGAGAAGAAUCAAGAAAAAAAAUAUUCAACCACUUAAAUACUUGUGGAAACAUUUAUUAUCCACCAAAUUUAGUUGAAAUGAAUGUUAGAAUAAAAGAGUACAUGACGGGUAUAGAAAAAUUAGAAAAUGAGCUUGAAGAUUUGAAAAAGCAAAAUGUAGUAGUUUAUAAUCCAUCAACUAGUAGUGAUGAUGGUUCAGAAGAAGGAUCCGUUAGGCCAGUCCGCAAAACCGGAAGAUGGAAAUUCUGUGGAUUCUGUGGAUUAUGGGGAUUAUGGGGAUUCUUGGUUAGAUUUUAUCGGUUUUUGUGUGGUACAUCUCAGUAA